AACAGCCGCACUAGUCUGCACCGAGCCGCCGGCCGCGACGCGUGUACUGCGCGGCGCCGCGACAUCUAACGCCGACAUCGCGAAAAAAGUUUACACACGAAACUUUCUUUAAAGACUUUCCUUUCAACCCAAACAUUGUUGAAGUGGAACUGUCUACUUUUUUCCCGAUAAACGUUAAUGUGACCUUUCCUAAAACCGGAAUUCGGUAUCCUCCAGAACGGGUUUAGACACGGACCCCGCCGUGGCAGGACUUUCGUGAAGUGCUAACUUGAUUUUCAGAGUGGUGUGUUCAGUGUGAGUGACUGGAUAUUCACUGUCUGCCCUUUAUCGGUAUAAGGACGAGGACUGGACUUUCUGUCAGUUCUUAAGGUCGGCUGCUGAGUAACAGUGCUUUUAAAAGUAUCAAGCAUGCCGCCGCCCGGCCCCGCGUGAGGCAUGAGCGGCCGCGGCGCGGGGGGGCAGCGCUGCCAGCUCAUCCUGCAGCGUUGCCUCGCGAUCCACCUCACCAAGCCCGGGAAUGCGCCUGACGACUUCUGGAUGUAUGACUCUGGAUAUCUACUAUUUCAGAGUUUCCUAGCAGCGAACGCAAAAUGCUGGUGGGCUGGAGCUCUGGCGGCCGCCACGACGGAGCUGAGGUAUGCUGGGUACGUGUCCCCGGGAGUACUACUGGUGGCCGGAGCACCCAGGGCUCUGGAGACGGUUCGCGGGGCGUACGCUCGGUCGGUGCUGAAGCCCCCGCCUACAUACUUGAUAUGCGGAUUGGGUGAUAUCGAAGAUUGCAUAGUAACGCCUGCUUAUCAAGGGCAGUUUACGCCGCUACCGGAAGCAUUAUGCGAUUGCAUUAUGGACUUGACAACCCAAGGUCAAUCCGCAACUUUAGAAAGUGUACGAACAUCGCUGUCUGCAAAAUUUCCCUCGAUGCAAACACCAUCCCAAGAGGUCGUGUACGACACCUUGGCGCAGCUGAUGCAGGAGCGGAAGAUCUAUCAGACGUCGAGAGGUUUCUUCAUAGUCACACCUGAACGCCGACGUUCCCGGUCAAGGUCAUCCUCGCGGCGUCACACCAGUAAUCAUGAAGAAGACUGUCCGUCCCCUCGGACCAUCCUCAUGUCGGACCAGGAGGCCCUGCAUCAGCUGUACGGGGAGAUCACCACGGUUCGAGACGGCGCCGUGACGCAUCAAUGUGUGCAGACUAAUUUAGCUGACGUCAUUUGUGGUGGUAACCCGAACGACAAGAUACUCUACGGACGACCGAAUAAACGUCGCAGCGCGUCCUUCCCAGCGCCACGGUCGUUGGACCGCCGCCACUCGCUACGGAUCUUCGGCUCCUCCAGCAAGUACCUGCAGCGGUGCGCCUCCACCCGCAGCCUACACCACAAGCACGCCAACACGACUGACAGCUCGUCAUCCACCGAUUACCCGCCGAGCGUCGAAUCCGCGUCACCUAAGAAAGUGUCCCUGUUGUCCCGCUUAUUCAGACGAAGCGGCCGCAGCAAGCAGACUCGAGCGAUGAGCACCUUCUCUGCGCAGUUCCCGCCCACCGAGUGGUUUAAUUCUAAAGCGGUGCAUCUGCAUUGCGUCGCUACACAGACCAACUCAAAGGAGUCCUUGCAGAGUCAGACAUCUUUCGUGUCAUCGUAUUAUGACGGUUCUGAAAUUAGUAAUCGAUCUUCGACACUGCCACGUCGUCACAAGAGGCACCUAUCCACCGAAUCAGGCCUAGCUGGCUCCGUCCAUUACGAUCACUCGCCGGUCAGGCAAUCCAGUCCCAGUUCAGGAAGUCUGCCGCGGUCAACAUUAAGUAGAAGCUCUACAAACAAGACCAUUUUAGAUCACUUUGGAUCACCACAACGAAACAGCGAACCAAAAUUAAGAGAGAGCCCAAAUGGUAGCCUAAGGAGGAUGGACUAUUCCGAUCAUAUAAUGUCCACUAGUGGUCCCUCGAGUUUAGAAAGCACAAUCACGCAUCGUACACCGAGAAAAGACAUCAACAAAAACGGCCAUACUGAUCAAAAUUCACCAAUGAAGAGGAGCUAUCAUACGAGCGGUAGUAGUGGUCAUUCAAGUCUAGAAUCGCACAUAUCAGAUCGCACAUUAAAACCUUCACCUAGUCAUAACAACACUAAUGGAACACCAGGCCUAAGCAGAGCUCAAUCUCUCGUGAAAGUACAGAGUCUACAGAGCUCGCCGAAAAGCCUCCACAAAUAUAGAAAUAAACCACCUAUGGUAGGUGGAGAAACGGUAAAAAACAAUAAAAGCACGUCACCCAAAAGUACACCAAAAAACUGUCCACCCACACCCAAAAAAACCGCAACCCCUCUGCAUAAAGCCCUGGGAUCCAAAGCAGAAAACCCUUCGACUACUAUGCUAGCAAGCUCUAAUUCUAACAAUUCGAUCACACUAAAAGUUACCACGAAUACCAUGUCGCAAAGUGGUGGUGGCACUAACACCAAAGUUUAUGUACAAAAUUCACCUGUCAGAUCUGUUAUCACAUUUGAAAAUGGUAAAGUAACUGACACCAGUAACGGAAGCAAUAUUUACAUUAUAAAUGAUGACAGGCAAGUUGUGUCAGUAUCUCAAAACGGUGCCAACAAUCAUACAGCAAAAAAUCCUACUGAAACAUCUUUUGACGUUUGUGUUGAAAAAAAUAAACAAGCUUACCAAGAGCCUGAGCCCAUUAAAGUACAAGAAAAUAAAUUUAAUAAGAAUUCAAUAAACGAUACGGGUAUGAAUAAUAAUCGUAAACUUUCUUUGCAAAUAGGUGGAGCAACUAAUAACAACAGUUUUAUAUACAAGAAUCAGUUGAAUAAUACUAACGAGGUCGCCUCCAAUCCAACUUCACCAGCAAUACAUAACAACAUACACAAUUUGGAAACGACUACCAAUAGUAACCCAUCCACUCCUACCAAAAGUUAUGAUAACAUCAUAGGAUCUUUGGGUAGUUUAAGAUACCAAAAGAAUGCAUUGUCAUCAGCAAACAGCGGAAUACAAACAAAUAUAAAUUCGAAUAGUGAGUUAAAAAGUGUAGACUUAUUGAAGAAAGCAGCGGCAUUGCAAAUGUUGAAUGGUCUACCGAAUGUAAACAACAGGAUGAGCUCCGAUUCCAUAGCGAAUCUAUUAACGAAAGCGAUAGACCAGAAACCGACAGUAUUAGGAUCAGAACCGAAUUUGGCGUUAAAAAACCAAGAGCCAAUAAAAGAUAUUAACACAUCUACAGAGAAAAUUAACAGUUUGGAAAAUAAACAAAAGAGGUAUAGUUUAAGCCAAGAUAGCAAGAAAGAUAAUCAAGAUUUUUAUAAUUUCCCAAGCUUAAGUGACUUAAGCUUUAAUUUUACUAGUUUAGCAGCUCAGAAAAUAUUAAAAGGGGUCAGUAUAAAUAGUGUUGAUACACUAGUAGAGCUUAAUAUGGCUGCAAAUAAUACUGAAAAACGAAACAAUCGCGAAGUCGCGGCCGUUUGUACGGAUUUUGGCCUUGUAUAGUACUUAUAAUAUAUGUUUAAAUGUACAAUAGUAGCGUUAACCUUGUACAAUUUAAGGUAGUUGUAUAACUUAUUCAUAACUAUUAUAUAACAUUCUUUAUUACAUAUUAGUUCGAAUCUUGUAAUCGAUAAGAUUUUAUACUCCCAACUUAUCGAGUUAUCUCCUAAUAUCAUUGUAUCCUUCUAAAUAAUUUGUUUGUCAUUACUAACUUAUCAUCGAAAAUACCAAUAUAGGAAUAUGUAGUGAUAUGCAUAAAACAUGUUAUCCGUAAUACAUAUUCAGAAAAUUCAUAGUUUGUAGCUCACUUUAAUUGUAAUGUGACAAUAAAGACCAUACCAAAUUAUGGAGGAGUGGCCUAAUGUAUGGAAAUAUAGUGCCUAAAACGAUCGUGACAAGAUCACUUUUCGAAUUGUGUAGCCAUAUCUAAUAUCCCAUUUCACUAGAAUAUAAAUAAUAAAUGUUUAGAUAUUGUAACCAAUUUCAAAGACUUUCUUGGGCACAACUUAAUGGCAAAUAAAUGUCUGCCUGAACUUAAAGAGGCCGUCGUACAAUUCUAGCCUAACUACUGAAUAUAAUUCAAAGUAAUAUCUAUGUAAAACACAUAGGAUAGUAUAGAAUUGAACUAAUUAAACUACAUUCACUGCUUACUAUCCGACGCACCGUAUACCUAAUCACUACUAUAAUUUUAUUGCUAUGUAUAAGACUAGCUUAUUCCAUCCGCUACUUUGUACGCAUGGAUUUCCAAAAUAGGAAAAUCAAUAAAUAGAUCACUUUUAAAUAGUGUAUCAAAAUAAAUCCAAUUUUUAAGAUAGAUCGUCAUGCAUACAACUGUAGAAACCGCAGCCAAUUUGGUGCUGCUUUUGUGUAAAGCCGUAAUCAUCAUCAGGCGGACAAAAAACGGAUAGAAUUCCUAAAAAUUGUUUCUUCACCUUCUGUCUUUUUAAGACCGGUUAUAUAAAUUUUUCUUAAAUAUGUAUGUCUCUUUUACAGAUAUCGUCCAAUUACAGUUUUAUUAUACUAGUAAGAUACCCUAUGUUAUGGGAAGUAAACUGCCGAUGCUCAUACAUUUGGGGUCAGCCUAAACGACCAAAUUCGAAUCAAUUUAGAAAAAAAAGUUUUUUAGCAAAUUUUUAAUUACAUUAUACACGAUUUUUAAAAACAUAACUGUAGAGCUUAAUGUUGAAUUUUGGAGCCUUUCUCUGUUGGUUACAACACUCCGGACCCCAGGGUAAGAAAUGUAAAAAUGGUCCUUCAAAAGUACUUUAAAUUCAGUUUAAAAAACCAAACAUCGUACUCGAGACGUCAUUGUCAUGUCACGUAUAUACACGGGAUUUUUUAAUUGUAUUUUGAUACCUACUUAUUUAUAAAAUGUUCUUUACUUGUAGUUUAAGUCCAAUUUGAUACAAGUAACUUAUUUCUCUACGUAAAAAAAAUUACAUAUCGUAACAAAGCGAUUUUUAAGUCAGCCAGUAAUAAUGUCCACGCCUUAUGUAUGCCUUUUCAUGUAUAUUAUUGUAUACACUCGUCUACUGCUUAAGGUGCCCAAGAUACACAUUCUUCUCCCAUUAGUAGACCUGACAAACUGAAUCUUUUAUGCACCCCGCACUACUUUUUGUGCCAUCAUAAUUUCCAGUGAAAAAAGUUGAGUACAAACUAGGAUACAUACCUACCUAUCUCCGCUAACAUAUUCCAUCCACAAAUGGGAAUUUAUAGGAAUGUUUGUAAAAUGUAUGUCAUGUUUAAGUGCCAUAUAUAAAACCAUAGUAUUACGUACGGUGUGAACCAGACAGCGGUAAUUGGUAUGGAGAUCCGUUAAAAACUGUGCUCUGGUAUGUAAAAGGGUAUUUAUUCAUUAGAGAACGUAUCGAAAGUCAUCAAUGCAUAUACUUUAAGUGUUUAGUAACGCCAUUAAUGUAAAAAUGUAUUAACAAUAUAAGUUGAUGCUUUA